AUCACCGCCACCGCAGAAAAGGAGAUCCGCAGCACAUUUCAAUACAUCGCCAAUCGUCGCCGAGUGGAGUCUGGCUGGAGUUCGGUUCGCACGUUUUUGCUUCCUUUUCGGUCGUCGUCGCGUGUCCGUUUCCUUCGUUUCGGUUUAACUUCCUCCCUUGCGGAUUGUGCUUUUUCUUCAUUUCCUUGUUUCUCCCCAAGUGAAACUUCUACCUCCCAGGAGGAACUCGGAAGUUGAGUGAAGUGUGCAACAUUUGCGAUAUUGUGUGAGCACUAACUCCGUUGUGACCAGUGCAUACCCAAAGGAGUAAAUCCUUCAUUCCAGUGAUAGUGACUAAAUAAAUCAUUUUGUGAUUUCUCGGAGUGUCCUUUUCAAUAAGCCUACCACCCUAAUUCAAGGCGAAGCAAAAGAUAAUCGUUAGUGGCAAACGGAGCUACUAACUACACUGGGGUGGUCACGAUGGCCACACUAAUUCCGACGUCUCAGCCCACCGGGGUUGAGGCGUACGAGGACAUGUUCAAAGAGAUCACCCGUAAGCUGUACGGGGAUGAAUCCGCCCAUGGCCUCUACCCUCACAACACCCAAGUAGCCCAGGUGGCUCAGCUGGCUUCGGGUGCUCCGGCAGCACCCGAAGGUGGCGAACGGUCCUUCACCACACUGGUCUCGGACCGCAACAUUGCGCAGAUUGAUUACGAAACAACCACCGUCAACGUCCAGCAACAACAACAGCAACAGCAGCAACAAGGCGGUGGCGUUCAACAACAGGGAGGAAACUUCAAAACCGAAGAGCACCUGACGACGGCCUUCGGUUUAGCGGCCCUUAUGCAAAACGGGUUUCCUCCACCAGGUGCCAUACUGAAUCCGGUUCAUUUCCCGGUUGGAACAGCGCUGAAACCAAGCACAAACAUUGCCAUUGCUACUACAGAUGAUCGCUGGCAACAACAAACUCAGCAACACACACAACCACCCCAAGAUCAGCAACAACAGUCAGCUGGUCAGGAGCCAUCGUGGGCGUCUGGUGGCAAACAGGCAUCCACGUCAACAUCAUAUACGCCACAAAAGCCAUUCAAAAAGCCCAAAAUCGAACCACAGGACGGUUCGCCGACCGGGACCGUGGGCACCAUUAGUACUCUGAACAUUCCACAAACUGGGAAUGAUAAAAACAAAUCCAACUUCGGUUCCACAGCCGUCGGAGCUGCCACCGGCAAACGCUACAGUUGCACCUCCUGUCCUUAUACGACGGACCGGCGAGAUCUGUUCACCCGUCACGAAAACAUCCACAAAGAGGAAAAACCAUUCCAUUGCUAUGCCUGUCUAAAACAGUUCAACCGAGCGGAUCACGUGAAGAAACAUUUCCUCCGGAUGCAUCGCGAUAUGGAGUACGAAAUCGCCAAGACGCGAAAAUCUGUUAGCACAAAAAACAACUAUUACAGCCCCAACGCAGCCAACUCUUCUGUCAACAACGUCGCCGGAACCGCACCGGUCAGCCAAUCGUUAGUUACGCAACCCACCACCAUCAUCCAGGCCAGCAACACCCUUAACAUUCCGACGGCAACGUUCCCAACGCAAAUCACCAUUCCAACCCAUCACAACAAUCAAUCAACGGCAACCACGGCAAUCGAGCACACCAUAACCCAUGAUAUUGCCACCAUCAAUGGUGUUGUCCACCACAUCCAACACCAGCAACAACAGCAGCAGCAACAGCAACAACAUCAACAAGCACCGCCCCCUCAUCAGCCAACGCAGAUCGUGCUGGGCCCUCCUAUUGUAACCAUCAAACAGGAGAAGGGAAGUACGAUCACCACGACAACCGCAACGACGGCCGCUGUUGCAACGCCUACCACCAUGAUCAACAAUACUCAACCCCAUGACAUCGCCGGUACCGGUGACGAUAUGGCCAACUGCGACGACAAGUCACUCAUCAAGAAGGUGAAGGGCGAGAAGCGGUUCACCUGUUGCUACUGUCCCUGGUCCGGUGCCGACAACUGGGGUCUCAAACGCCAUCUGAACACCCACACGAAACCGUUCGUCUGUAUGCUGUGUGACUACAAGGCGGCCCGCUCCGAACGGCUUGCCACGCACGUGUUCAAAGUGCACAACAAGAAGGCCUGCAACAAGUGUAACUACUUUGCCGAGGACCAAGAUCAGCUUAACACGCACAUGCUGGAGUCACAUCCUCAUGAUACAAGCAAACCACAACAACCUAAAACCACUACGGUUGUUAUCAGCGCGAAUCCUCCUACGGGCGGCAAUGUGUUGAACGUGGGCGGAAUCACGCAAAACGUUCCGACGGUGGUGGCUGCGACUACAUCGUCCGCCGCUAUCAGCACUGCAGGCGGCGGAACGGGGAACGUGCUGCGCAAUCUAGGAAAUACAUUCGUUACCAAUAAUAUCCCCACAGGAAGUAUCAGUGGGAAUUCCUUCGGGACGACCGCCAACACCAACAUCUACCACACGAUCACGACAUCCGCCUCGACGGGCAACAUCCUGACCAACAGCAACGCGUCGAACCUGAUCGACACGAUCAACGCUCACCUGGCGCAGCAGACGGCGGUGGUGGCGACCCAGAAUACCGUUGUUGUCAAUUCGGGAAACGGGAUAGGUGGAGGGGUAACGCAAGUGGUCACAAAUGGCCCGCAGCACCACCUCCACCAGCAACAGCAUCAACAAGCACCGCAGCAGCAACAGCAGCAAACGCCAUCAUCACAACACCAACAAUCAUCACUUUCACAAUCGCAGCCCCAGCAGCAGCAGCAGCAACAACAAACAACCCACCAUUGGAUAGCAAAGGUCAACCGAAAACGGGGAGCUGAGCUCCUCUACAGCUAUCUGGAGGCGGACGGAAGCGACUCGGAGGAUUAUGCCCGCUUACUCAACAUGCAAGCGAUAGGGCGCAACAAAGCUUCCGUUACGCAGGAUUUUCAUAAUGCGGGAGGCGGAAACCAGCAACACUCUAGCAACAAACACAGCAGCAGUACUAAGGGAACCAACAAGCUAUCGCUCCUGGUAGCAGCGUCCUCGUCGGCAUCCUGUUCGCCAACGGGAUCGCCAUCACCGCCGUCCUCGUCCCGGUCGACACCACCGGCGAUGGGACCGGCGACUACUGCUCCGUCUGAUUGCUACACAGCUAGCCAGAAGCAGCUUCACCACUCCGGUGGCGGUGGCGGCGGCAAACUUCCCAUCGCCAAUGGGAUGGCAAUGGCCAACCUGACUGAGGAGCAUCUCUCGUUGCUCCAACUGUUGGCCACCGCCGCCGUGGCCCAGCAACAUUUGCAACAGCAACAGCAACAACAACAGCAGCUGCAAUUGCAACAGAAGGCAACGUCGACAUCGAUUAGCACUUCGCCUCCCGCGCAUCAUCCUCACCAACAACUACAGAACCAUCACCACCACCAGCAUAGUACAAACAACGUGACCAGCGAUCCGGCGAACAAUAAUGGUUCCAAGCAAAGACGUCGCAAAAGCAGUUCCCGAAACGACAAGGAGAAUCUCGUCAAGCGCCAUCCGACCGCUACCGCCGCAGUCAUCUCCGGCGGCAAAGUCAUAGAUCUAACCACUAGCAUCUCAAACGGCACCCUAACAGGACCCGCGGAACAUGGAAUUGAACGGAACAACAACCACAACGGCAGCAGCAACAAUAACAAUAGUAGCGUUAACAAUAAGAAUAUAAACGAAGCUAUUUUUGAUAGAGUGUAUAAGAAACCGUACAAUUUGAUUUUAACGAAUGCGUUCUGCAAGCCCGCCCCGAUUGUCGCCGAUAAGGAGAACGCCCCUACGAAGGAUGAGAACUUCUCCCUAUCCGAGUUUCUACGAAACCACAAGGAGGUCUCGAUCAGCACUCUGGCCGACGUCCGCCACGCGUCGCAACCACAUAAACUUGCGGACGAUGACGAAGUGGUUUUCAUCAAGGAAGAGAAACGGCUCGGUCGCAAGCAGCAGAAGCCUCAGCGCAAUCAGGCGCCAGAUUCGGAAUUAAAUGCCUCGCCACCGCCACCAACGACGCCAUCUGGUGGUACACCCGAUGGACAGCAAAUCGGCGACGUCAUUCGGGACAAGCACAUGAUUCGGCUGAUUACGCGAAAGCUGUGCUGUCGGAUCUGCCAGAACCAGCAGCGUCUGGAGCACAUGGACAACUGCCACUACCACAGCAAAACUUCGCUGAUUCUGCACAAUCGCUGGCGCCACGACACCUGGUCGAAGACAGAACGGUGCCAUCUGUGUCGCGCCAGUUUCAAUCGGAAGUACAAGCUUAUCCUGCAUCAGCGGUUGAAGCACACCAACCGCAAAUCAUCGUCGCUGUCUGCGGUCAAAACGAAAUCCAAGACGAAGAAGGCGCCGGAGAAGAAAUCCGUUGCUAACAAGAAGCAACGGAAACGAAAAUCCAACAAAAGUCGAUCCGGCGCCAAAAGCAGCAUCGGUAAGCGACUCAAGUAGAGCGUAGCUGUAAAGAGAUUUUGAACAUUAUUUUAAAUAUCGAGUGUACUAUGAAGCGGAUAGCUGUUUUGUAUUAUAAGAUGUGGAUCGAAUAAGUGUAAGCGGAAUCUCCUAGAACCGUGUAAUCAUCGAUUAGGUACAGCGCAGGUCACACAAACAUAAUUUAGCAUUACUUUUUAAUAGUUGCUGACCAGAGAUUCGAUGUGUGUUUUCGCACAAAAUACUUCUUACUCUUAACUUGUAUAAUCCUUUUUCCUUUUAUUUCCAACGGAAACCUCAGAAUCAAGCUCAAUCCAAUUCUGGAGAGAUAAAAGACAAACUCCUGUUCGGCUAAGCCAAGGCGUGCAAUCUAUAGAUUCCUAUAUAUUGAUUUUCGACUGAUACUGAAAACUACACACACACAGCAAGAGAAAGAGACACAAAAACGUACAAAAUGUGGUUAUAUUUUCUAAAAACAACCAAAAUUACACACACUGAAACUUGCCAUUUUUAUCAUGAUAGCAGUUCAAAACUCAUAGAUACAAAAAACAACAAAAUAUAUUGUUUUGUUAAAGAAGUGAUUGCACCACCGUUCCGUUCGUUAAGUUAAAAGAAUCGUAAGUUUGUUAAAUUUAUUUUUAGGUAUUCUAUUAUAUUUUGCCGCAGAGAAGCAAAUUUUAUUUUAACAAUAAAAUCCCAAUAAUCAAUGUUGAAGAUGUGAGUUUCGUACAGAAUUGGGAAUCGAUGUGUCAUAAACCAGAACGAGGAAAAAAAUCACAACCAGAAGUAUCUCUGAUUAUUAUUAUUGCUAUUAUAUAUUGUAACAACUGUAACAGAUAAAUGUGAAUUCUUAAUACAAAGCAAUCAACCAACCCGGUGAUUGAAAAUUUGUGGAAACCUUUGA